UCUCCCGCCGCUGCCGCCGCGCUCCGGGCCCGGCGCCCUUCUCCCUCCGCUGCCCCCGUGCCCUGGCUCCGCUCUAGCCUGGAGCGGGCGCCGCGAUGGCUCCGGCCGCCGACCGGGAGGGUUACUGGGGUCCGCCGACCUCCACCCUGGAGUGGUGCGAAGAAAACUACGCUGUCUCCUACUACAUCGCCGAGUUCUGGAACACAGUGAGUAACCUGAUUUUCAUUCUACCUCCAAUCUAUGGUGCGAUUCAGACCUAUAAAGAUGGCCUUGAAAAACGGUAUUUAGCUGCAUAUUUGUGUCUUACAGCUGUGGGAUUGGGAUCUUGGUGCUUCCACAUGACCCUGAAGUAUGAAAUGCAGCUGUUGGAUGAACUGCCAAUGAUAUACAGUUGUUGUGUGUUUGUCUACUGCCUGUAUGAAUGUUUCAAGUACAAGAAUACAGUCAAUUAUGCACUGCUUUUCUUGUUAAUAACAUACAGCGUCGUAGUCAGCAUAGUUUACCUAGAUUUGAAAGAGCCUGUAUUCCAUCAGAUCAUGUAUGGAACACUAGUUUCCAUCAUAGUCCUAAGAUCUGUUUAUAUAGUAUUAUGGGUAUACCCAUGGCUUAGAGGUCUAGGCUAUACAUCUUUAACUGUAUUUUUAAUGGGAUUUUUUCUCUGGAAUGUGGACAACAUUUUCUGUGAUAAAUUGAGAGCAUUACGAGACAAGAUGCCUCCCGUGGUGGGAGCUGUGACACAAUUUCAUGCAUGGUGGCAUAUUCUUACAGGCCUUGGUUCUUACCUUCAUAUCCUGCUAAGUUUAUAUACAAGGACACUUUUCCUGAAACACAGGCCAAAGGUGAAGUUUGUUUUUGGAAUAUGGCCUGUUCUUCUUGUGGAGCCACCCAAGAACCUUUGACUGAGCCCCGGGCAGCCACGCACGAUCACCUGGCCUGGCUGAAUAAAGCAUUUCAACAGUUACUCUGGCUGAAGUGUCAAAAUUAUGGAUCAAUCCAAGAACCAUUGCUAUUAAAGGACUUCUCUGUGCUAUGAGGCCAGGAACAGAGCAAAGAGCUGGCACACUAGAGAAAUAGCACUUAGUACAGCUUUAUUCUAAGUUGUUAAAACAAAGAUUAAGACACAAAGGUUUUAUGUAUAUAUUGUAUAGCGGAUGAUAUUGAGGUAAUAUUUCGUGCUGGUCACAGAAAACUAACCAUUUUUGAAGUGGAUUGCAUAUGUUUUUUCAUUCAGUUUUUGCUCUUUCUGUGGUAUAAACUAAUACUAGUAACUGAAUGACAAAACCAGGCCAUUGAUGGCCAGGCUAAGCAUUUGUGUGGCCUAUAGUGAACUGAAUGCUUAACCCAAACUACUAUAACCUUGCACUUUUAUACAAUUAAUGAAGUAUGUAAUGGUUGAUUUAGGCCUUUAUUCUACCUUGCUUUUCCAGAGCCUCCUUUGCAAUUUAUAUUUUAAGCAAAAUGGUUGGGAUACCUGUGCCAUUUGGUUCAUUUUGUACCAAGCUUCCGUUUUCUCUUUAGUCCAACUGAGAGGUUCAUCAUGGAGGAUGUUCCAAAGUGUGACCAGCAGAAGACACUGAAAUGGUGAAGCCUUAUAGGUGUUCCUUCUUGUGUCUGGAAACCCAGUUCCUAAUUUGUUUCACCAGUGUUUCAUCACAAAACUGUACGGUGGCUGUAGAAACAUAAGAAACACUCUUUUUCAUUUUUUUGUAAUUGCUAUUUACAUACCUUCCAUUUCUAUCCCUUUCUUUAACUUCCCAUUUCCCAUUCAUACGAUGGAAUCAAAUGAUUGACAAACACCUUAGAUGUGCUCCAGUUCAGCUUUGAAUUACUCUUUCUCUUAUUUUUACAAGUCUUAAAUAUGGGUCUGACUUUCAGAAGCAUCUUCUUAUUCAGAAACUUUGAAGUAGGAGUAAAGAACAAGACUGAGGUUGAGGAUAUCCCCAAAUACAGUGGCAGUGCUUUGCUUGCUUUUAAUCUAUCAUGUGCUUGGUCUGUGAGAAAGCUGACCACCUUUUAAAACCAAAUUUAGGGGGUUAAUGGGGGAGACAAACCCUGUUUUCUGCAAUUUUUAUUAUACCCAGCUGAUGAAAGUUAAUAAGUAAAUGUAAAGAAAACAUUAAACUAACACAGUUUCUCAAAAUAUACCUCAUAUGAAGGCUGUGGUUUUGACGCUCUUGAUUUUGGGGCAACUAACAGAGGCUAUGUCUGUGCCUACUUGCUGCCAUUCUAUGCAAUUUUUGUCUGCUUUUGAUGCUCUGAGGGAUUUAUCCUUCUUGCCAUGAAGAAAAAAAGGGAAACGCUCAGACUGAUCCAAAAUCCCAUUCUGUGUUGAUUUACAAAGUGCUCACAGCAGCAAAGCAUGGUAAUGUAGCUGUAAAGCUGUCUCCCAGGUCUCAGAAUCCUGACUAUUGAACAAUCAGUGCUGACUGAAAUAGUCUCCUCCCUUUAAUGUCUUUUUCUCUCUUGCAGUUUCUCUGCAUCUUUCACAUCCAUCAGUAACUCUUCUACUGAUGUGAACCUCCAAAUAAAAAUGUGGCUUCUGUUAUGUGGUGAACCUGGACCCUUGAGAUCAAAUAACCCAAACUCUGGGCUGGAAAAAGAUAUUUAACCUUGAGUGAGUUCAAUGAGUUUUAAGCAUGUGCUGAUAGCAGUGCAUUUCAACCUGUACACCCCUAUAAAGACACCUGAAGGGUGAUUUUAGAACAGCUUUGGUAUCAGUAGGCUCCAGUUCCAUAGACAAGGUCAGCAUCUGUGUUGGGAAAUUUGAGUGCUCUUCAGAAUGAAAGAAAUUAGCAGAACUAACAGAGAGGUAGGAAAAAGCUGUGGUGGAUCAGGUGUCUUUAAUUAUCCAGAAGGCUUAUUUUUUGUAAAGAGAUUUGAGAACUGUUUCAAAAAUGUAGCUUAAAAAUAAGUGCCUGCCUGUUCACCUCCAGGCUUUCUCAAGCAUUUUUCUGCACACUAUAUCCCAUUUUCUUAUUUAGUAUGUUUACAUGUGUUCAUAAGUUUUAAGAGAAGCAGUGCAGCAGCAAGACAUAUCAACAGUCACUUGUUACAUCCGCUAGGUAUGAUAUUAUUUUUAUGGCUAUGAAAAAAACUUUUAUUUUAGUGGCCUUAGUUUUGUUACUGAAGGAUCUGGGGGCUCUGUUUAUUUUAGCAAUUGCAAGAACCAGAGUGUCUUGAAAAGCCACUUUCUUAUUGAUCAGGCAUCUCUCCAAUGGUAGAUUUUAAAGAAAUUGGUUGAUUCUUCUACACAUUUGGAGCUAGGAAGUCUAUGAUGGGGGGAUUUCAGAACUUGUUGAAUUGUCAGGAUUUGAAAAAAAAAAGUUGGAAAAGCUUAUAUAUUAAUUUUAUACUGCUGUUUUUCAUUCAUGUAUUGUUUGUCAUUGAUGUUUUUUUCUUUUAAAAAAAGUAUGCAAAUUGGCUUCUUCCUACAUUCCAAAUGACCAAAAACAUGCACACCUCUACCACCCUGCCAGCAGCCUUUCUUUCACCAGGUUAUAUUAGACCCUGAAGAAUGUAAUUUACCUGUGUAUCCUUCUCAGCAUAAAUAAUCUAAAAUCAUGGGUGCUUUGGUUUGACUGCCUUACUGAUCUUGUGAGUGAUGUUGAAAAUGACAAGUCAGUUUUAACUGGGUAUCACUGAAAUUCAGACUGCCUUUUCUAGUGCCUGGGAAGACGUACAUUCUUAUUCCUGUAACGUGUUAAAUGUCUAUUAAUUGCUUUUAAUUUAUAUCACUUGUGUGACAAUGUUACUUAGAGCAGUAUAUCCCACAUUUUUCUUGCACUACAUCUUAGCAAGUCAUGUGUGAUCCUAUUUUUUGAGUAGGAUUCAGACAGCAGCUACUUUAAAGAGAAUUAUGGAAGUAGCAGGUGUCAUUUGAUAUGAAUUCUACAGGAUGUGUUUGACAGACUUGAUAGCAAUGAACUCUUCUAUUCCUUAUAUCUAUGAAGAACCAGGAAAUCUGCCACCAUACAACCAUCAAUUUGACACAGGUGAGCAGCAAGAGUAGCUCUGCAGUCUGUGAGCUGAAAAAUUCUUUCUUGGAAAUAAGAGGAAAAACUUCAAAAUUACUCUCGCAGUACAGAUCAAACUCAUAUCUUAUUCUGGGAAUUUAGAUUUUUUGGAUACAUCUCAAGACAUGCAUUCUCCAGAACUGAAAAUGUGAGGAGGAAUCUCAUCCAUGUUUUGAAGGCCAUGUUGUUGGCUAGCAGUAUGAGUUAUCUUCAGACUUGAUCAUAAUGGUUUUUCUGUUAACACAGGGCUGAUGUGCUGCCCAUGAGUGUUUAAAAACUGCCCCCUAGUCAGAGUUGGAAUAUGCAGUGUUACCACUUGCCAGUCUACCUCUGACAUGUAUUGUACCAUACCUGUGCCCUUAAUUACAUUUGCCUGAAUGUGUGCACAUCAGAGCAGUUUUAGACCCUGCAGCCCCUGGGAUUGGCAAGUGUUGUAUUGAUUCGUGGCUGACUCUGUUCUCUCCUUGUAAACAUCCUCACUUGUUUGGUGUCUGUCACUUACAGCUUGUGCUCAGUCUGCCGCUCAUCUUUGUGUAAGUCUGUCUGCUUUAGAGAGAUUCGAGUAGGAGGACUUCAGACAGGUGUAGUGAAAUCUUUUGGGAGGGAUAUAGUGGAAAAUACUGCUCUGUGAUUAGUUUUAAUUCUCUUUUAAUCCUGUCCUGUGCUGUCUUGCUUGGAUAAAGCUGAAUUGUAUGAUUUGAAAUGCAGCCGAUUCUUUUGGCCAUCAUGGAUUUGCUUCUAACACCUCGUUUCAAGCAGCUGAAUGUCUUUUUCAGCAAGCACCUCCACAUGAAUCUCAGCAACAGAAAAUCCUCCCAAUACCAUCAGUGUUUCUCACAGUCACUAUCACCUUGUUUAAUCUGCAUUCAAGAAUUUCAGUAAUGCCAUUUUUAAAACCUGUUUCUCUCUGUGGAUAUAUUACACAUUUUAAUGGCAGGUAGUGAAACAAUUCAGUACAGUGCUGCUCAGUCAGAGGAGAUGUAAUGGAGCAGCACUGCUGUUUUCUUUAGUAGACAUCAGAAUUUGGGAACACAUCCAUUUUGGGGGAAUGUGUGUCCCAUAAUUUAGAUUAAUGUAUUCAGGUAAAACUUUCAGUUUACUUUAAACCCCAUCUGCACUUUAUAAGUAGGCAGUCAGAGGCUUUAACUGCAAAGUGCUGUUUGGUUGUGAGACUUCAUCACGAAGUGGGAUAAAUGAUGGAGUCUUUAUUACACAUGAGCAGAGCAAAGCCAGAAGGAGAUUAAGAAAUCUUACGCAAAAAGAGAAUAACAAAAGAUUAAGCACAGAAUCCUGUAGUAUUAUGUCAACCACCCUCCUGGUAUCUGCACUUUAGAUACUUGAAUGUUUUGCUAUUUAUACAUUUAACUUUCCAUGUUGACUCUGCUCUCUUCAUCACAGAAGUUACGUAGUUUCUGUUACAUUCAGUUCAUUGUAGAUGACUUAGGGGCAGUUUUAUGAGGAUGGAGCAUGACACAGAUUGUUUUGUAUAUGAAUGAAUAUAUUUCUGACCUUUCUGGAAUGUCCUCUGCCAAUUUUGAGAGUCUGUAACCUAAAGAUGGAGAACAUCCUGUGUACUAUUAAAAUUGGUUUUGAGUUUCUUUGUUCAGUUUCUCACGCACAACUGCCUGCAGCUGCCAAGUGCCUGAUCUCGUUGUUGCAAGGCUUUUCUGAGAGCUGGGGCUGUGAUUUCUUCUGAGUUCUGUAAGACAAAGUCUUUGGUAGGUGAGUGACAACUUUUGUUAAAAAUUCUCCUUCUGCAGAAAUCACAGCGCCAUUUUUAGUGGCUUUCCAGUUAGUUAUCCAAUACAUGUCUGCCUCUGACUCAAACUUGAGCCUGGCUACCUACCUUCCUGAUGCUGUUGCAUCUUUCCAGGCUUUGAAAGCUUGGUGAGGGAUUUAGCUGUACAGGAGGUGUUUAUUUUGUGUUGUGUAGUUCAGUGACAGGCAGUGUGAGGGCGCAGCAGUCAAGCAAGCACUUUAUGUGGAGCGCCCUUAUUGGAGCUCCCAGCCAGAUACUCUAAAUAGGGCUGGGGACAGAGGGAUUUGUAUGUACAGUUUGAGAAACAGGUUUGAUGUCUGAACCUCUUACUUUACUGCAGAACUCUCCCAUUUUACUUGUUGAAAUUGUUUCGGUUAGACUAAGUAUGUAAUUGUAGAUUUAAGAACCCAGUUCAGAGUUCAUGUGAGACCCUAAACCAGUGCCUACAAUUAUUUUUUUUUACGUAUAUCACACAAAUUUCAUCUGCCUGAUGUUUAAGAGCAGAUUGUUAAGAUUUUUAAAAAUGCAAAGAUACAGGGUCUUUUGCUUAUUUGUCCACAGGAAUAGCUAUAAGCACAAUCUUAGAUUCCUCCUUCUGUCCCCAAAGCUCUAGAACAUAUACAUGUUUCUCCAAAGACAGUGCUGAAUAAAAUGGCUCAUAGCACGUUACGUACCAAAAUGUUUUCUACAUUAAAGCUGUGGAAGAACUUUGUUUGUAUAUACUGUUGCUCCCUGUAUUUUGGAAGAGAGAGUUUCAGGCAGCAUAAGCAGUUGUUACUCCUUCGACUGAAGAGAAACUAAUUUUUCUCUUGGUUUUCCAAAUUGAUGUUGACUGUUUCAUGUUUAUUGUUGAUCUCAGCUUAAUUCAUCAAUGAUGUUACAGUCUGAUCAAACACCAUCUGUCCACCUGGAGUGGACAUGAAAUCUCUGUUCAUGAGGUGACCAAACUUUCUAACAUGGACACUAUGAGUUCCAAUAUGUGGGUUUCUCUUCCUGAAGUUCAAUGCAUUGUUGCAGAUAGAUAACACUGUGACAGAUGAGUAGCAGUUGACUUGUAGAACACAGCUACAUUAAGAAAAAUGUUUAUUGACAAUUUUGAUACACUGAGCUGACUAUUCCUACCAAACCAGCUGGUAACUAACAUUAGGCUUAUAUGUAUCAGCAUAUCUUGUUUUCCAAAGCAGAGUAGCUUUGAAAUAUUUAAUAUGUUUCAUUUGUUAUUCAUGCUGCAGUCAAGCACUAAUUUGUGUCUUUAUAGUACAAACUAUUAAAGAAUUUUGUUUUAAAUACAA